UCGACAAUGAGAAGAUGGGGGUUUAGGGUUUCAUUUGGGAGAUACAGACAAGUCUGAGCUGGAGAGGGAGGAGCCGUGCAAUCGAGAGGUGCCUGAGGAGGAAGACGAUAAGGAAAUAACCCAUCCCGCAUUACGUGCGACCAUGACAGACCAGGAAUCUAGUACGAGCAGAGGCAAAUGAGUAGUGAGGGAAGGAACAGUUGUUGACUGAGACAAGAAAGGAUCUUUUAGAGGAAUUCUCUGCUGUUAGAGGCUCAGGGAUAGGGGUAUCUUGGCUUAAACCCCGUAGUUGGAGCAGAAGAGAGACAAAGAGGGAGAGAGAGAGAAGGGGAAUUGGAAAAUGCUGAAAUUUUUAUCAAAAGUAAGGAUCGAAUUCAAUGCAUUGGAUCCACGCAUAGCAUCGUGCAUGGAGUUCUUGGCCCAAUGCAACGCACGCAAGGCCAAGGAAUCAAAUCCAGCUUGCCAGUUGAUUGUGAAGCGCCGCACUGAUGAACACCCACCACAGAUCUCGGUAACCUUCGUUAAUGGAGUUGAGGAAACCUUCGAUGCCACUUCAACCCCAGCCCAGACAAUUAGGAGCAUGAUUUUGGAGAAGGGUCAGUACCUUGAGACUGAGCAGAUGUUUCGUGAAGCUGGCGAGAAGUGGCCAGUUAUCAUCCCUGAGGAAGAGCUUUGCCAACCUGCACCAGGGACCAAGCCAAGGAAAGCAGAAGAAAAGCAGUGACAUUAUCUUUUCUCAACUACAUUUCGGUUGGGAUAAUUAUUGGCAUCCAUUGGAUUUUCCAGAAGGAAAGAGAAGAUGUAGAACAUUACUAUUAAUAUGUUGGUUUCGGUUUAGUACCGGCGCAUGGGCUAUUAGAUGGAUGUCACUGGUUUUUCGUUGUACGAGUACGAAUACCAAAACCCGUUUUUUGGUACUCUGGAUUUCUCUGCUUCCUGCUGUGGGGGAAAUGGUUUUGGCACUCAUGAUAGUCCAAAUAAAAGCCAGUCUAGGGUUCAUGCUUGAAUAAGUUUUUUGCUUGUUAUAGAAGAAACAGGGUUUAAGUGCAUCAUUGUUCAUGUUAUAAAUAGGUUUGGUUUUUGGCUGCAGUUUGUUUGGAGGAUUCUUGAUAUCUGUUCAGAAUUUUUACAAUUUAGGUCUAAUUUGAAAAGAGUAUGCUGUUUAAUUAAAUGUUUUCCCAUACCUAUUUUGAGGUA